GCUUUCUCCAGGCCACAGCCCCCCAGGCAGCAGUGCUCAGCCAGACCCUCUCAUCUCUAAGAAUAAACUCUGAAGCCAGAGGCCUUGUGGACCUGAAUCAUCGGGACACCCGUCGAGGAGGGGAGUGGCUUGCCAGGACAGGCAAGGGGACUAUAUAAGCCCCAGAGGGCUGGCGCGGCUCUGAUCUUUUCCACCGGUUUCCGCGUCUGUCAGAGGAGCAGGGGACCCACCAUGUCCCAGGCUGGUGCUCAGGAGGCGCCCAUCAAGAAGAAGUGCCCCCCGGUGAAGGAGGAAGAUCUGAAGGGGGCCCGUGGGAACCUAGCCAAGAACCAGGAGAUCAAGUCCAAGACCUACCAGGUCAUGCGGGAGUGUGAACGAGCUGGCUCCACCGCCCCAUCUGUGUUCAGCAGCAACCGGACCGGCACUGAGACCGUCUUCGAGAAGCCCAAAGCCGGACCUGCCAAGAGCAUCUUUGGCUAAGACGUGCGCCCCAUUCCCCUUGCUGCUGCCAACUCCCAGACGCAGGAGCCUUUCCCAAAAACUCUUUUAUGCCAGAAUGCACCUUCUUACCUGCUGCCUGUGCGACAGCCACCCACCCCUCACAGCCCUGGCCCCUCGGCCCAGGGACUCUGCACCAGCACCCAGGGAACACCAAUAAAGAGCAUGCCCACGUGGCCCCAGCA